GCCACAGCAGUAGCAGUCACUCCAGCACCUUCCCACGAGCAGAUGAUACGGUCCUCUCCUCCCAUAGCUCGAUUUCCUUCCACACAGCCUCCCUCAUACAAGCCACCCGAGUUCCGAAAGUCCCAACUGCUCCGUCAAUAUGCCUCCUUACUUCGCUCCACUCCUCUAAUGCUCCUUUUCCAACACAACAAUCUCAAAGCAGGCGAAUGGGUGGGGAUAAGGAGAGAGCUCACCAAAGCUCUGCGCAAGGUGGAUGAAGCUAGGGCUGCAGCAGGACACACGUCGGAACCUUUGGCAGAGGGAAUCAAGGUUCAGAUCAUCCAGACCGGAAUAUUCGCGGCGGCAUUAAGAAUCGUCGAGUUCUAUAAGCCAGGACCAGAGACCACAUCUCAAUUGGAUCCUAUAAAUCCUGCUACAUCUUCUUCUGCCAAGAUACCACUAUACAAUCCACGUGGAGAUGGAUUGACGCAUACUUUGUCUGCAGCGGCGCAUGAAGCAGUUGCAGACACUAGAACAGCACAUGCUCUGGCUCCUUUACUUUCGGGACCAUUGAUGCUUGUAACUUUUCCUAAUGUCUCGCCUCAGCACUUGAAAGCAGCACUUUCGAUUCUAGCACCCAGUGCACCAGACUUUCCAGCACCAACCAGACGAGCAAAUCCUAGUUACCAUGAUAUGAGUGUACAAGGCGGCCUUCAAAAGCUCUUGUUGCUAGGAGCGCGGGUCGAAGGGAAGGUGUUUGAUGUUGAUGGAGCUAAAUGGGUUGGGAAGAUUGAGGGCGGUCUGGACGGUCUACGGGCUCAGUUGGUGGCUAUGUUGCAAGGAGCUGGAGCUGGCAUCACAAAUACCUUGGAGAGCGCUGGUCGAAGUCUAUAUUUUACUGUCGAGGGCAGACGGACAAUGUUAGAAGAUGAAGCAAAGGAGCCUGCGGCGGAGGAA